ACAAAAACAAUGAGCUGGUUGGGAUCCUAUAAAAGCAGAGGAUUCCUCCAAGAAAGGUAUCAGUUUGUGAAUUUAUUUCUAAAGAAUUAAAUUGCAUUUCAUAUAUAUACUUCGAAAAUGAAGGCGACGAUUAUUGCUGGAAUCCUGCUAAUCAGCUUGGUGGGAUACACCGCAGGAAAUGCAUGUGGUUGCACAGAUCCAGAGUCAACCACUACGACAACGUGUGCACCAACAACUACUACGACAACGUGCGCUCCAACAACCACUACGACAACGUGUGCUCCAACAACCACACCAAGAACCACGACUACUUGUGCUCCAACAACCACGACAACAACCACGCAAAGGACGACGACUACUUGUGCUCCAACAACCACGACAACAACCACACCAAGAACCACGACUACUUGUGCUCCAACAACCACGACAACAACCACGCAAAGGACGACGACUACUUGUGCUCCAACAACCACGACAACAACUACGCAAAGGACCACGACUACUUGUGCUCCAACAACCACGACAACAACCACACCAAGAACUACGACUACUUGUGCUCCAACAACCACGACAACAACCACGCAAAGGACCACGACUACUUGUGCUCCAACAACCACACCAAGAACCACGACUACUUGUGCUCCAACAACCACGACAACAACCACCCAAAGGACCACGACUACUUGUGCUCCAACAACUACGACAACAACCACCCAAAGGACAACAACCACUUGCGCUCCUACAACCACCACCACCAAAAAGCCAACAACGACAACGACGAAGGCAACCACAACAAAAGCAACUACAACUCGCAGGACGACUCCAAGGACAACUCGCAGAACCACUCGAAAGACGACAACUCGUCCCACCAAAAAGCCAUGCAGUUGCGGUCCAGGCGGUGUUAAAUGCGAUGGAUGCCCUGAAAGGGAAUCACUCUGCCAGGAACUCAUCAAUAUGAUCCGCAAUCUGGAUCGCAGAAUCCGCCAGUGCGUUUGUGGUCAAAAGGAAUGGAUGUUGUAGGUCAAUUAAACCACAACACAGUUUUAUGAAAAUCCAAUUCCAUUUAAAUCAUCGUCUCUACGAUUUUGAGCACAGCAAUAUAACACCUAUUAUAUUAUAUAUAUAUCUAUUACAGCUAGUUAAAGAUUUGUUGAAUUUUUGUAAA